AUGGCAGCGUAUAGUAUAGGAUAUUGCGUACUCUCCCUGUACGCAUAUUUUGUGCGGGAUUGGAAAUACCUGGCGCUGACGAUACAUUUACCUUUGUUCCUGUUCUGUCUUUAUUAUUUUGUUUUUCCGGAGUCAGUUCGCUGGCUGUUGUCGCACGGUAGAAAUCAAGAAGCGGAGGUUAUCAUCAACAAAGUGGCCAAAGUGAACAAAGUAGAACUUGAGCAGGGAAUCUUGGAGAAAUUAUUUGAGGAAAAAUCGGAAAUGCAGACCACACUCCACACGCCAAUAGACAUGUUUCGGACGUGGGAUAGGGCAAAGAUCACGUUGAACAUCUGCUUUAACUGGAUGGUCAAUUCAAAUGUGUACUACGGCAUUGCCUUAAACACCCAAGGCCUAGGCGGGAAUAUCUAUCUUAACUUUGCCCUACUAGGACUCGCUGAACUUCCUGCUUUUGUUUUAGCUUUGUUGCUAUUGGACAGAAUAGGGCGCCGCAAGGUGGCACUGCUGUUCUAUAGCGUUGCUGGGAUCGGGUGCAUUUUGUCAGGAGUGCUCCCUUCAGAUCUUGAAUGGCUCAGUAUCACCUUUGCAAUAAUCGGUAAGAUCGGUGUGGGAGGCAGUUUUGCUGUCAUCUAUCUGAUUACUGCUGAGAUUUACCCCACCGUAAUGAGGUAA